ACAGAAAAUAUGAUUCUACCAGAAUAAGGUCAGAAGAUGAUAUGUUUUCAAGUAAAAGGUGUUUAGAAUGGUUCUAUGAAUAUGCAGGCAAGUGUUCACAUCCGCACAUUUCUUAAAUAUUUCUAAGCAAGAAUUUAAGAGGAAAAAUCAAUUUGAAGUAUUAAAAUAUCAACGUACUAAUUAAAUGAAAUGAGAAUGACUUCACAUCAUUCUACCUUUCUCCAAAAGUGCAGUUUUAGUUUUGACUUGAAAUUAUAGUCAGUUUUGCAGAUACUUAAUAGAUCCAUUUUUGAACAUUCAAAAGUGGCUUUGAGGUGCUGUAUUUUAAACAUUUGAAGAGUAUCUCUUUUUUGGUUAAUUGGAGCAAUGGAUGUGAAUCUGCAAUAAAGUAAAUAAUAACAUUUGAUUCUGUUUUGAGGAACCUUUGGGCUCUUUGAAUAUUUGCAUGUUGUGACAGCUGUAUCUUGUGGGAUUGAGAUAGAGAAAGGAGUUUUUGAUCUUUGGACCUGCACUUCCUGCUGUGUGCCUAAGCAGUGUUCAAGAAAUCCCAUCCUUGGACAGAUGACGUUGUGGGUCCUGAAGGAAUGGAGAAGUUCUGUGAGGACAUAGGGGUUGAGCCAGAAAACGUAGCCAUGCUUGUGUUGGCUUGGAAAUUGGAUGCUCAGAAUAUGGGCUAUUUUACACUGCAAGAAUGGCUAAAAGGAAUGACAUCCUUGCAGUGUGACACAACAGAGAAGCUAAGAAAUUCUUUGGAUUACCUGAGAUCUUUAUUAAACGAGCCUAUGAAUUUUAAGCUUAUUUAUAGAUAUGCAUUUGACUUCGCACGUGAAAAAGAUCAGCGAAGCCUAGAUAUGAAUACUGCCAAGUGUAUGCUAGGACUCCUCUUAGGAAAAACAUGGCCCCUCUUCCCAGUAUUUCAUCAGUUCUUAGAGCAAUCUAAGUACAAAGUUAUCAACAAGGACCAAUGGUGCAAUGUUCUGGAAUUCAGCCGAUCCAUUAAUCUUGACCUCAGCAAUUAUGACGAAGACGGAGCAUGGCCAGUGUUGCUGGAUGAAUUUGUGGAGUGGUAUAAAGAGAAACAAAUGACAUAGGAAUUUUAACUAUGCACAGCUGCUCAAGAGCCUUUGUACUACAGUUAAUGUCAACCAUUAGCCAUAAACUUCUCUUUGUAUAUAAAGCGCAUGAGGCUUUUCCUGCACUGUAUCCCAUUUUCAGGGAUUUUUUGGGGGGGGUGUUUGCUGUUUAACAGGCCAGCUCUGCUUGCUGUGUACCAUUGUUCUCUCCAGAAGGCUGCUUUGCAUUUUGUCUCUACACUACAGAUGGUGAAUUUGCCAGCAUCCUCACUGUGACUAAUGUGAAUAUUGAUGUCUAAACUUUGUAUAUGUGUAUAAAAAAAAAAGCUUCAUCUAGGAAUGAUUUCAGCAGGAAAGGUAUUAUAAAAAAUAAUUUUGUCACAUUCAGGUAACCAUGUAACUUAAUUUUUAAUUGGUCUCGGGCAUAGCACUUCAGGGAAAGGGAUGUGGGAGGAGGAGUUUGCCUAGGUGGAACUAUUGCUUGUUUAGUAAUAGUUGUUUUAGGAUGCCAGUUUUUGAAGAAAAAUCUUGCAGAAUGGUUUUCUUGCCAGUUGCCCAACUUCAUUUUUAUUUAAUAAGCAAUUAUUGGCUACCGUUUUAAUAGAAGCUCUUAAAGAAAUUGUUACAGCUUGAACAGAGUUGUACAUGCCAUUUUCCCUUUGGCGAUGAUGCUGAUGUCCUUAUAGUCAGAUGCUGUAGUUUGCAAAGAGGUUCAGGUUAAUCGAAUUAAACAUCUGAUUAAAAAGGGUUUUAGACUUGUAAACGUGGCAUAUUCUUUUAUUUUACUAUUAUUGUUCCCGGAGUGUUUUGAUGAUCUGGAUAAAGACAGAAUGAAGUCUUGUUUCAAAACACAGCCUAAAUGUAUGAAUAUAUUUCAGAGACUGGAAUCAAAGCUUAGCCUGAAAAUUCGGCAUGGCUGCAUUUAUGUUCCAGGGAUUGAAUUUCCUGGCAAAAUGCCAAUUACAAGCAACAUCUACUCUAAUCAAGCAGCAUCACUAUUUAUUUGGGAUCAUUUUAUCUGUUUGGACUGGAAAGUUCAAAGAAGUAGAUGAAUGAAGUAACUUCCUGUGUCACCUUUUCAUCAGUCUUCAUAAUACAGUUCAAUGUACAUUUCUUUUCUUUUUUUUAACUAAGGUAGCUUAUAGACUUAUUGAAAAUGCAUUCAAAAAUCCAUUAGUCUUUGUUCAAUCAGCCAAGAGUUCAUCGUGAAAUUUGCAAUAAAACAUGAGCUUGCCUUUUCUUUUACAGAAAGUUAAA